AUAGGUAAAUAUAUAUAAACAAAACAAGUGCUAUACACCAUCAGAUUCUCUUACCAAUUUUUGUAUUAUGAAAGGUAUUACAAGUGGGGUGAAUUGUGAAGCAUUUAUCACCUGCUCUGAUAAUCCUAUAUUUUUACUUUGGGAUUGUGCGAUUUUAUAGUUGGUAAAUUUCGUUUUUGAUUAAUUGUAACAUUUUCAAUUAAUAAUUAUAUCUAGUACAGUAUAUUUAAAUGCCUAUUAGAAUUUAAUAGUUUUAAUUAUACAAAUUUUAAUAUUUUUCUAAAAUGAAUUAAUUUUUAUUUAAGUUACUAAUAAUUGAAUAAAUAUAUCAUAAUUGUUAUUUCAACUUAAUUUAUGGAUGUUCUUAAUUAAUUAAUCAGAAUUUCAUUUUGUUACUUAUAUUGAUUAUUUAUUGAGAAAAUUUAUAGCAAUGUCAUGGAAUUUUGCAAGUAUUUAUUACUUACAAUUUUCAUGUUUCAAAUGGUUUCCGUAGGAGCACGACAAGUAUUUGACUUCCUUGGAUUUAUGUGGGGAUCAGUUCUAGCAAAUUUUUUUGAACUCUUAUUUAUUAUAUUUGGAAUAUUUGGUGUAAUACAGUCAGAUGUUUUAUAUCUUUUAUCGUAUUCAGUAUGGAGUAUUGUUUGGUCUAUUUGGAAUAUAUUUGUCGUCUUAUAUUACUUGGAUAUAAAAUUAAAUAGUUAUGAUAUCAUGAGUCUUGGAGCAGAAAGUGUUAGCUGGUGGGAAUCUAAUGGUCCUGGUUGUAAAAUAUUUUUUUAUCCCAAUCAUACAGGCAUUGAAGAAGAUGCUAUCAAAACUGUCAGGCCAGAUUUAAUAACAGGCUGUGUUGUAGAUUAUCAAAAAAUCGAGAUGAUUCAAGCAACUCUUCAAAUACUUUUUGCUAUAUGUGGUAUAUUAUGCAGUUUAUAUGUAUCAUGUUGUUCAAAGUCUAGAGAUGAUGGAAUAUAUUAUAAAAGUAAAGCUCAAAGCACCAUUACACCAAUUUACUCAAUAGAAUAUAGUUCAAGAAGAGGAGAAGAUAUUGAUGUGAUUAGCACCAAUACUGAAAGUGAUGAUGACGAUUUAGAUACUCAAAAUUCUCAUAAUAAGCCUAUGACACCUAGAAGAGUAAAAAGACGAAGUGUGACAUCACGAGGUACUCUACCUCCUCCUCAUCAAGCUCCUCCACCAUACUUGAGAAGACAAUCAAGCUCACAAUAUUCAAGUCGUAGACAUAAAAAUCCUGUUUCUAGGCUUAUACAACAACAAUACUCUAAUAGUGGACUAAAUGAUUCAUCAACAUCAAACGAUUCAAAUCAUCCACUGUUUCCUGAAUGUCGCGUUGAAUUGAGGAAUGUCAAUAGAGGUUUUAUUAAUCCAGCGUUAGAUACGGAGUCAGAGAGGCCAACUUCUGCACGAUCAACUUACUCUAACUUUCAUGGAGCACGUGGUAAACCAAGGCUAAUACCCCCCACACAUUCUACUUUUUUUGCACCAUCAGAACAACCACCUCCUGCUUAUCGAAGUAAUAUUUCUGUUAAUUCUGAAACUGUUAUUUGAUAAUAAAUAAUGUAUUUAUUUUUUCAUUACUUAAGAUCUCAAUUUAGUCUAAAUUUUUAGUAUAAUUAUUAGAGUUAGUAAUAUAAGUAUUUUGAUAUAAAUAGUAAAUUUUUACUCUCGACACAAAUUUUUUGCUGAAAUAGUUAUAAUUUAUUACUUAAUAUGGUCAUAUUAUUGACAAUUAAAUAUAAUUAUACUAUUUAGUAAUUAAUUAGUACUUAUAAUUUAAUUAAAUAGUCUUAUUAUGUUCCUCAGUUACUAUUUUCUAGCAAAAAAUAAUUGACACUGAAUUAUGUAGU